AUGGCUAAUAGGAGACUUGAUCACACUGGUCUGGGCAAAUCCAAUAUCAAGAGCGAGCAAGAGUCUAGCACCAAACGAGAGAGAUUGACCUUGGGAAGCUCUGGACCGAAGAAAGCCAAGAAAUCCUCACAGAAGAUGAUUCACCAACACGUGAGCAAUCACCUUGAAGAGAAAGACGAGGAGGCUUCUGAGCCUACAUUUAAACUCGAAGAGGCCUUGCUCUCUCCGGAAGAACACGAAAACAAAAGUCUCAGGGCUAGGAUCCCUGUAACAGAGGGUCUCAAAUACCAAGGAAGAGAAGAUAUCAAGUCAUUCAAAACCCUUGAGGGGGGCCUAAUUUACUUCUUCUACCGAUCCCGGGUUGAUGUCCUCGGGCCUUGUGGCAUAAAUGAUGUUGCGAGAAGUUUCAUUGUUCUCCGUCCAACACCCUCGGAAGCAGCUUCGAUUCAAAGCGACGGCUCAACGGAGUUCGGCACCGAAUUUCGACUACUUGUGGUCCCCAAGAAAGUCUUUCCAACAUCAGGCAGGAUAAAGGAAAUGGGCUUCGUUGAGAGGGCUGGGAUAACCCUGGAAGAGCUUGAGAAGACUUUGAUUGCUGGAGAAGAGUAUAAUACCAAGACCUACGGUACAAGAACCACACCGGACGCGACGCUGUUUGCAAAAGGCGUCUACACCAUCACCUCGACGCAGCGGAAUUCCCAUCUUUCAUAUAUUCUUACAAAUCCUAAAACGCUUGGUCCAGUCCAGGAAGACUUUGGUCUCCAUGCGCAAGGGAGUUGGGUUGUGCAGUCCAAAAAUCCGAAACUGUCAAGUCCCUCAUACGUUAGUCUUCCUAAGGGCCCGGACUGUCCUGAAAGCUUUGGAGAAAUAUUUGGUUUCUAUCGCUGGGUGCCUUUGAAACCUGAGCUCAUCGAUUAUCCCAAUGCCCAAAUUCUCCUAAUCGGCCGGUCUCGUAAAGAAGCCUUUUCCGUUGUACCUGAAGGGCGACGUGAGGAUAGGAUGAGAGCGGAUCAAGAAUUGGAGGAAAUGGCGCGCAGGAAUGACGAGAGAGAAAAGGAUUUCCGAGGUAACCAUUCAUUGAAUCUUCGUGACCAUUAA